UGGCUCUACACACUCCGGUACAGUAGGUGGUGGUAUCCGCCAGAAAACAAAAAGAAGCAGUAGAAGAAGAAUCAGUAGCAGACGUAAUAGUAAUAGACUAAAAUAGAUGUGAGAAAAAAUUUGUAUUUAGUUAAAGUAUAUUUUCCGAACAGCCAUGGAUGUUGCCCUAUAUCUGAUAGCUGCUGCUAUCCUCAUUGUCCUGAUUUUGUUUGCGUUGAAGGUGCGGAGGAGAACGCAGGAAGCUGAUGAGGAACAGUGGCGGGAUGUUGUCCAGGCAGCAGGGCCCCCUCUGCGGGCAGCAGAGGAGCGAGGAGCCGGCAUGCCUCGCAGGAGGAGGAACCUUGCCGCGAUGGCCAACAGAAGACCACAGAGAGAAGCUGUGGAACAUGAGGAGGAACAUGUAGUGGAAGAAGAGCUGGAGCAACAGAACUUCCCAUCGACAGCUAAAGUAGGAGCCAAAAAGCAGAAGAAGCUGGAAGAGAAACAGGCCAAGAAAGCGCAGAGAGAGGCAGAGAUGGAGGAGAGGGAGGAAAGGAAGAGGAUGCAGGAGCUCAGAGAGCAGGAGAGACGGCAGGAGGAGGAGAGGGAGCGAUUGCUGGAACAGAAACAGGAGGAGGAGGAACAUCGGGCCAAAGAGGAGCAGGAGAGACGGGAGGAGGAGGAGUACUUAAGGCUCAAAGCCUCCUUCAUCAUAGAAGACCAGGGAGAGGAGGAGCAGCUGACUGAGGACCGGUCACACAACCUGCUGCAAGAAUUCAUCCAGUACAUCAAGAGCUCCAAGGUGGUGCUCCUGGAGGACUUGGCUUCUCAUUUUGGGAUGAGGACACGGGAUGCUAUCACCAGACUGCAGAACCUGUUAGCUGAGGGCGCCCUCACAGGAGUGAUUGAUGACAGAGGGAAGUUUAUCUCCAUCACUCCAGAAGAGCUAGACUCGGUGGCUCAGUUCAUCAGACAGAGAGGCAGAAUUUCCAUCUCAGAGCUGGUGCAGGCCAGUAAUUGUCUGAUUAACCUGAUGCCUGAGAGUCGCAGCACCACCUGAUGGACGCCAGGCUGCUGCA